GUGGCGAUUUCUUAUCUGAAUAAUAUCAGGCCAUUCCAGUUCUUGAGUUUGUUCAGAUAGCUCAGGAGAUAUAUGGGUUCCAGCAGGAUAGCGCUGCUGUGCCUUGUUGGCUUGCUGGUAGUAGCUGCCUCUCCAGUUGCCAUUGCUGAUGAAGACGACAAAAUCUUCUACCAGAUUACUUUCAUGUGGCCGGGAGCGUACUGCUCGCAGAGCAACGCCGGGUGCUGCAUGCCGAAGGGCGACGUCGUGCCGGCGUCCGACUUCUACGUCGCCGGCUUCACGGUCUACAACGCCAGGACCAACUCCCCCAUGACGCGCUGCGACAACACUCCAUUCAACAUGAACCAACUUGGGGACACGACGGAGCUGAAGAAGUACUGGAACAACAUCAGGUGCCCGAGUAGCAACAGCGAGAGAAGCUGGAAGAAGGCGUGGGAGACGUCCGGCGUCUGCUCCAACCUCACCGAGAGUGCCUACUUCGACACUGCCCUCGCCAUCCGCGACAAGAUCAACCCCCUCGCCCGCCUCGCCAGCAAUGAUAUCAAGCCAGACUUUGGGCUGUACAGCGUGGAGAAGAUCAAGGAGGCGCUGGAGGCGGGGACCGGGGCGCCGCCGCUGAUCCAGUGCAGCCGAGGGCCGCAGCGCACGUACCAGCUGUACCAGAUCUACGUGUGCGUGGCGCAGGACGGCGAGACGUUCGUGGAGUGCCCCGCGCCCAAGAAGCCCUACACCUGCUCCGACCGGAUCCUCUUCCACACCUUCAAGGAGUGGAUGCUCAAGAACAGCACCAACACCAACUCCGCCUACGCCGCGGAGGCCAUCGACCAGCUGCUCCAAGCCGCCAUGGAAAUCUGAAAUAUAGCGAGCUCGCUCGCUCGCUCGAGCUACCCGCGUUUGUGCGUGCGUGUGGGUACGUGCGAUCUGUGAUGUUUUCGGAGAGAGAAUAUGUGCGGCCUUGUUGAUGUGUGUCUCGUGAAUAACUCCCCUGUAGUCUGGGAUUACUUUACUUUGUCUUCGGGCAUUUCAUAAUCUACCGUGCACGCCUUGGUGUACAAUAAAUUCUCCCCGAGGGAGUUAAUUUGAAGCCUUAGUUGUGCUCGUACGUACUUACUACUCCUUCC